AUGGACCCGCUGAGCAUCACCACCGGCGUCGUCGGGCUCGCAACCCUGGCCUACCAGAUCAUCGGGUACCUAGGCACCGUGCGAGCCGGCGGAAAAGACCGGCUGAAUCUCUGCCGCGAGGUGACCUACCUCUGGAUGUCGAUAACCUCGCUCCUCGAGCACCUGCAGUCCGACGCGCUCAAAGACAACAACAUCCCCGCCUCGCUCCGGCCCCUCUUCGACCCCGACGGCAUCCUCAAAGACAUCAAGCUCCAGCUCGAGGAUCUAGAGCAGAAGAUCCAGAGCACGAGUUCGCGGGGGAAGAUCGCGCAGACGCUCGCGUGGCCGUUUACGGAGAAAGAUGCCCAGAAGAUGAUCGAGCGCGUGCACCGGUUGAAGACGGUGCUGCAGGACGCGAUCAACCAGAGCACGAAUGCAAUCGCGCAGGAUGUAUACCGCGACGGACAGAGCGUCAAGAAGGUGGUUGAUGAGAAGAGGCUGAAGGAGCUGAUCGACUGGAUCUCGCCGCUGAAUUUCAUCACGAAGCAGAGCAUGAUUUGGAACGAGCAUCACAAGGGGACGUGCAAGUGGUUUCUCGACCGCGAUGACUUCCGCGAGUGGCGCGAGGGCAGCAACACGCGGAUCUUCUGCCCCGGUAUCCCUGGUGCGGGCAAGACGUUCCUUGCGUCGAUUGUGUAUAACGAGUUGGAGGGGUUACGGGUUCGCGAGGAGGGAGGGCUCAAGGGCGCUGCGGUUGUCAUGCUCUACUGCAAAUGGGAUGACCCCCUGUCGCAGGACGUCGACAACCUUCUGGCCAGUAUCAUCAAGCAGUUCGUGCAGCGGUACGAUGUGGGCACGAACGAGAUGAUGGAGCUGUUCACCACGCACGACAAGGAGGGGACGAGGCCAUUGCGGGCGCAGCUGCAGUCAACCCUCGAGCUGCUCUUCCGAAAAUUCACCAAGGUCUUCAUCAUCCUCGACGGCCUCGACGAGCUGCGGAAGGAAAAGGACCGGCUGCCGUUGCUCAAGGCGCUGGCUCCGAAUGACUCGGACUUCACCGUCAACCUGAUGGUGACCUCGCGGCCGCUGCCCAACAUCGUCCGGCACUUCCGGCAUAGCGACUCGCUGCAGAGUGGGAUUAGCUGCGACGGCGGCGGUGGUACUGACCUCCCUGCCCAGUACCACUGCAAUGACUGCCCCGAUUACGAUCUGUGUUCCAACUGCUACAAUUCCGGCGUGCGAUGCGGCUUCAAAGGACAUACCUACGAGUACCAGAUCAACACGCGGGUCAUCAAGAUCGCGGCCGUGGAAGAGGACUUGACGACGUACGUGCACUGGCGGACAAGCGCCUCUGAUACCCUGCAGGAGUUUGUGGACGCCCGCGACGGGCUGAUGGAUGCGAUUCUGGACACGGUCGUGAGGAGCAACGGGGGAAUGUUCCUGCUGGCGAAAUUCAACAUGGACACGCUUGAGUCGAAGCUCAACAUCAACCAGCUGAUGAAGGCAUUGAAGACCUUGCCGCAAGAGCUGGACGGCACCUACGAAGACGCCAUGGGAAGGAUAGACCCGGCACAGAAGGAGACCGUCAUGCGGUUCCUGUGCUGGAUUGUCUUUGCGAAGCAGCCGCUGCACGAGCACGCCCUUGAGCAUGCCCUUGCUGUCCGACCAGGCAAUACGGACAUUGACGACGGCGAAAUCAUCCGUGCUCGAACCCUGGCCACCAAAUGCGCCGGCUUGGUGCAACUAGACGAGUCGAACUGUCUGCGGCUCGUGCACUAUUCGGCAGAGAACUACUUCAUGCAGCACCGAGGUCGCUGGUUCCCUGCUGGAGACGUGAUGAUCACCUCGUCGUGCCUGACCUACCUCACCUUCGAUGUGUUUAGAUCUGGCGCCUGCUCUGGCCCGUCCGAGGCCAUUGAUUUCGAGAACCGCCUGGACAGGUAUCCCUUCCUCCGGUAUGCGUCCAUCAACUGGGGCAACCACCUCCGCGUGACGACCGACGACAACCUCUUUGCUCGAGCGCUGGCCCUGGUCACAGACCCCAGCUGCCUGGCCACCAUCGCCCAGGCCCUCUGGUACCUGGAAGACCAGCAGGAGUCCAACAGCUGGUCGUCGAAGAACGGGUCGGCCUUCCAUCUGGCCGCACACUUCAACCUGCUUCGCCUGGUGAAAGACCUGAUCGCGCAUGGCUACGACCCGAAUACGAUCGACAUCAACGGCAUGACGCCGCUCGCUCUCGCCGCGCAACGAGACCUCGUGGACAUCGUACGGGCCCUCGCCCUGGCUGGUGUCUCGGUAAACACCAUCGACAGCAGCGGCCGGUCUCCCCUGCACUGGGGUCUGCACAACAACUCUCCCGACAUCGUCCGGUUUCUGCUGCGCCGGCAGGACAUCGACGUGAACAUGUCCUCCCCGCGCAUGUACUAUUUCACACCGUUGAUGGUCGCCACCAGGAACGGACUCGACGACUACGUGUCCAUGCUGCUCGCCAUGCCCACCAUCGACGUGAACAGAACAUGCAACAGGCCCAACGGCGCGACAGCUCUGAUCCUUGCCGCGCUGGAAGGUGCCGUCGGGGCCGCGAAGCUCCUCCUCCAACAUCCCAACAUCGACAUCAACCACGCAGACAGCAACGGCACAUCGGCGCUAAACCACGCCGCCCAAAACGGCUACUACGCCAUCGUCGAAGCCCUGCUCGACGCCGGUGCUGACACGGAAGUCAUGGAGGAGGGCAGCAACGGGACGGCCAUCAUGCGCGCCAUCGACUACGGGCGCACGUCCAUCGUUCAGCUCCUGGUUGACCGCGGCGCCAACGUGCACCACAAAGACGUCUUCGACCGCGGCCUCCUGCACUCCGCCGCUGUAAACCGACGCGCAGACAUCCUCCAGAUCCUCCUUGCGCACGACCCAACCCUCGACGUGAACAUGCAAGACGUGCACGGCAAGACGACCCUCCACGACAUCGCCCGCUCAAGCGACCUCGAGACCGUCGAAGUCCUCCUCGACGCGGGCGGCGACCCAACAAUCAAAGACAUCCACGGCCGGACGCCAAUCCUCGUCGCACACGAAAGCCACCAUCUAGCCGUAAUCGAGAUGUUCCGGGCCGCGCGCGAGCGAAUGAAAGCCGAAGGGCGCCUCCCCCGCUCACUCCCCAAACGCACACCCAGCGGGAACAUCAUCGACGAAGUCAAGCGCGCAGACACAGGCCUCUCCAUCCACGGCACGCUCCCGCUCUGGUCGCUCGUGAUGUCCAAGCAAAUCACGGAGCUCAAGGAACGUCUCCCCGACGCCACACCCGACGAAAUCAACCAAGUCGAGCCGGACAUGGGCCAGGCCGCGCUGCACUGGGCCGUCGCGGACAACGACGCCGCAACCGCAAAGCUCCUCAUCGAGCACGGCGCCGACAUCAACCUGCAGAACCGAUACGGCCGCACGCCCCUCUUCCUCGCGGUCAUGGCUAACCACUGGGCCCCGGCCCGGCUACUCCUGGAGCACGACGCCGAGACCAACACGAAGGAUAUCUGGGGGUGGCCGGCGCUCUGGACGGCCGGGGCGAUCGGCAUCCUGCUGAUUGAACAGGGGGCGGAACUCCCCGUCGCCGCCGCAGCCGCCGCAGUCGAGGGCGAGGGCGAGAGCGAGGGCGAGGCACCUGCCGGGGACAACUCCGAGAAAGCAGCCGGCAAGGUCGACCUGGAAUGGUUCCUGGGUUUCGCGGCGCAGCUCGGCUUCGAGAACUCGGUCCGCCGACUGAUUCAGGCGGGCGCUGAUGUCUGGAGUAAGGAUUCGUCUGGGAGGACGCCGUACAUGAUAGCGAAGGAGAACGGGCAUGUCGAGCUGGCGAAUUUGAUUCUGCAGCUUGCGCCGACGCCGGAGCCUGUUGUGACUCCAUCUCCGAAGGAGGAGGAUUCGAAGAUUGGGGAUACCGAUGUUUCUGCAGAAAGUGGACGCACGAGCGUUGAGACCGCUCCCAAGGAAGUGGAAGUGGACGUCGCGAAGGAGAAGGAGACGCCGGAGAAGAAUGAGGAGACAUCGAGGUCAAAUGGGACCCUGCCCGAGAAGCAUGUGCAAAAUGGCUUUGUUGCACCCACCCCGGCCUCGGGCUCUCUUGAUAUCAAAGCCCAGCCAGCGUUCGCGAGUGGACGCCAUCUAUAUACCCUCUUGUUAGUUUUGAUCCUGGUUGCAGCGACGACAGUGGUGCGGAUGUUUUAG